AUGGCAAUCAUCAAUAUUUGGAUCUUUCCCCUUCUGAUCUCCCUCUAUUCCAUUGUUUGUCUUCUGGUUUGGUCUGUCAAAACAAUUCGAGAGAAAAUGUGAUGCAAAAUUUUCAGCGUUUUGUUAUCGAUUUCAUCGCGCCAUUUUCCGGGUCACUGGCCAUAUUUAAGGUAUUCACUGUUUCGGCCACGGAAUUCUGGCAACGGCGCUCAACCGCAAUCCCACCUGAAAACCCGGCCGCGGCCGCGAGAUUUUCUAAUUUCUGCACUGAAUUUACGUUGAGAGCGGUAGAGCGCCGUUGCCAUAAACUGCGGUGCUGAUAAAUGGGAUUAGUAAAAAGGAAAUCUCAGUGACUUUACCAAAUAUAUUCCUGCCAAAAACGCGUACACAAUUAUGACGAAUCACAUUUUACUGAUGCGUAAGUUCUCGAACGGAGCUCUCCACUGAAUGGCUCUAUUUCCUCAGUUUCCGUGUGGAUGUACUUGAAGUACAGAGAGCUGAAGUCGUUUUUCCGUCAGACCAACAUUUCGAUAUCGUACAUCAGAAUGAGCCGUUUCAAUCUUUUUGUCGGGCUCGCUGCCCUCACUUCUUAUCAGUUGGCCGUCAACUUUCCGGUACAAAUCUUAAACGCUUUCUUUUUAUUCUGAAACCCUCGAUUCCAGGCUACAAAGAUCAACCAUGUGUCUCUGGUUGGCAACAAACUUGCCCUCGUUCUCGCAAUGUUCUACAUCUGGGUACAUGCUUUUCUCUCUUUUAAAAUCCGCGAUGGAAAUGUUCCCCGUUUGAUCCUUUUCCUCGUCCGUGUCUCGUUGGCUUCCGUGGUUCUUUCUUUGGCUGCAGCCAGUAAGUCUCUGUCCAUUCUUGAUAGAUUCCAAUCUAUAAUAAUCAGUGAUACAAGCGAAUUGGGUUCCCGAUCCAUCGAAGCAAUACCUGGCAAUCGAUGCAAUUUACGAGUGGUGCUGCUACUUUGCGUUCUCCGUUUUCCUGCUCACUGACGCUUACGAGUUCCGAUUCAUGGUUUUCAAAUUUUUUGAUUUUCUACAGGUUCGAGCUCGUUUUCAGGUCUUCAAACCUCCCAAACUGAUCAUCCGCGGAUGCACUGGAUAUAACGAACAAGUGUUCGAAUCCAGCGACGUCUCCGACGACGACGAGGCUUCUCUUCCGCCUCUCUCGCAGAGAUACGUGAACUGA